CCGACUUGUGGGCCGGGAUUUAUUCUGAAAGGCACGCAAACAGGAAGUGAGCAAAUGUUUGGAUCCGUCAAGAUUUUAGUCCGCAAAAUUGGUCCAGAGAGGAAAACGGAUUGUUCCCACCUGGUGAACGGAAAGAAGGCGGCGCGUUGCGGGUCCGGUUGUCAAACAAACGAACAAACAGAUAGAAUGAAAAACAAAAUGACAACAACCGCAGUCCACAUCUGUCCGCAAAUGUGCUCGAGCUGAAGGUGAAGCAGGAUCGCGCGCGGCUUUCUGGUGAAGGUGCGAUGGAAGAAAAUGCGCAUUAGGAUUUUUCCUUCAGGUCAACUGGGUCUCAGCAGCACCUGAGUCAGGGUUGGAUUUCCCCCCUGUCCCCUUGUUUUUAUCCCUCCUCUGGUUUGUGGACUUGUGUUGUGCAGCGCAGCGAGGAGGAGGAUGGUCUUUGCCCUUCAUCUGAUUGUCAUGUCUUCGGCGUUUUUCAACCCCAGCUUCGCCUUCAGCUCCCACUUUGAUACAGACGGYGCUCCGCUGAGCGAGCUGUCCUGGCCUUCUUCUCUAGCGGUCGUGGCCGUCUCCUUCUCCGGCCUCUUCACCUUCGUCUUCCUCAUGCUGGCCUGCCUCUGCUGCAAGAGGGGGGACAUCGGCUUCAAGUACAGCUGCUGAAAUCAUCAGAUAUUGGCCGCCACAGUCUGCUGUAUCUAAAAGAGAUUGGGCAUGGCUGGUUUGGAAAGGUUCUGUUGGGUGAGGUCAGUGCAGGGGUAAGCACCACCCAGGUGGUGGUGAAGGAGCUGAAGUCCAGUGCUAGCAUCCAGGAUCAGAUCAAAUUCUUGGAGGAGGUGCAGCCGUAUCGGACCCUCCAGCACCCUGCCCUCCUGCAGUGCCUGGCACAGUGUUCAGAAGUCACCCCAUAUCUGCUGGUCAUGGAGUUUUGCCCWCUGGGCGAUCUGAAGAAUUACCUCUGCAGUUGCUGGGCCGCAGACUCCGAAGCUCCUGAUGUUUUGAUCCUCCAGAAGAUGGCGUGCGACAUUGCGUCAGGACUCCUGCAUCUCCACAAAUACAACAUCAUUCACAGUGACCUGGCUUUGCGAAACUGCUUGCUAACAUCAGAAAUGUCCGUUAAGAUUGGAGACUAUGGACUUUCUCACAGCCGAUACAAGGAGGACUACUACGUGACACAAGACCAGAUUUGGGUGCCCCUGCGCUGGAUUGCACCGGAACUCAUAGACGAGGUCCAUGGAAACCUUCUGGUUGUCGAUCAAACCAAAAGUAGCAACAUAUGGUCAUUGGGUGUGACAGUAUGGGAGUUGUUUGAGCUGGGAAACCAGCCGUACAGACACUACUCUGACAGACAGGUGCUGACAUAUGCUGUGAAGGAACAGCAGCUUAAACUACCCAAACCCCAGCUCCAGUUCCCUCUGGACGAUCGCUGGUAUGAGGUCAUGCAGUUCUGCUGGCUGCAGUCAGAGCUCAGACCCAGUAGUGAGGAAGUGCACCUUCUGGUCACAUACUUGUGUGCUAAAGGCUCCAGCGAAGCCGAGGAAGACUUUGAGCAACGCUGGAAUUCCUUGAGACCAAAUUUGCUUGGUAGCACGUCGCACACAGCUCCGUCCACAGCCUUGGUCCUGACCCCCACGCCGAACUGUGCCGACGUCCCCAGUGCGGAGCAAACUCAGGCAGUGGAGCUGGCCUCCUCUGCCUCAUCCUCCUUCCCCCUCCUCGAGCACUUCUCAGACAGCUUUCACUCCGACACAGGCGAUGACCUCCUCACUGUCACUGAGACGAGCCACGGUCUCAACUUUGAAUACAAAUGGGAACAAGCCCGAGCCGAGCAGCCCUACUGCUCGUCCUCUACCAGUGGAACAUUGGGCCAGGAAAACCCUCACUACCAGGAUAUCUAUUAUUCAAACACAGGAAGCUCCUCUGGGGGCUGCAAGACUGACAGCCUGACAUCAAGCGUGUCCCCAUCCUAUUAUGAGCCUGAACACAGAGGCAUUGUCCCGGUGCUGAGUGCCCACAGCCCCUCAGUUAGCAGUGAGUACUAUAUUCGAAUAGAAGAGCCAGUCCAGUGCAACAUUAAACUAGAAGAUGGGGUUGUGGACUACAGCUCAGCACUGGAAGCUACUCGAAUCAGAUCGUUUUCCGAGAAUCACACUGGUUCUUCCAAAGCGCAGCCUUGUGCUUACUGGUCCACUGCUGACAACACGACAUCGAAUGACUCAGAUUCAAGUCCCACUGCUCAGCAAACCUUGCAGCCCCUGCUCCGCCGUUCAUCCAGCAACAGUUCUGUAAAGUUAGGCCACUCAUACAGUUCCCUCUCAUCUGACUGCAGUAAAAUAGUCCACUGUGAACACACAGCAGUACGCAAGACACAUAAAAAGCCCUAUUCGUCUAAUUUGGAAGCAUCACCCGAGUCCCAAACAACCCUUCUGCAUCCUGAGGUUCACUUAGAAAACCCACGGAGUUUAUCACAAGCUGUUAGCAGCCCUAGUUUAGGGUUCUGCGAUCCUUACCUUGAAACAAGGACAAUUAAUGAAAGCUUCCAUAGUCAGGAAGGCCCACUAAAAAAGACCCUUCCUGCUGUUAAUCACAUUGACAUAAACAUGGAAACGGAUGAUGGCCUGCUGUUGGGUCAGAGGAGAAGUGGAGCUGAAGAGGUCGACUUGUUUUCUGAGGGAGAGGCCACUAACUGGAUCUCGAACCACUCGGCAAAUAAUAACAGCUCGAGUUUUGACAGCAGGCAGACGAGCAGCGGGAAGGAGAGCUGUCUGAAUGUUCCAUCCAGCACAACAGAGUUAUGGUCUUUAACCAAGGCUACGACAAGAACCUUCCAAAGCUCUAAAGCUCGUGGCAGUUUGGAGGGCAGUGGAGGUUGUUCUGAUUGGGAGCCCGUUAGGUUGGGCUCAUAUAUUCACUUAUGCCACAAAGAAAGAGAAACCGCAGUUCAAGUGGAAAUGCAUACAAACUUCAACAACUUGCAAAGCACUCACUCUCACCCCAGCUCAAACACAAAUACCAGUGAAACAAGGGGUAGACAAACGGAAGUGAAACAUGAAUCGCAGUCAUUACUUCACAGAGAAGGGACGUAUUCUGAGACACCUGAGGUAAGCUACAUGAAGUCCUCAUGCUUGGACGAGUAUCAAACUGGUCCAACAGGAACUUUGCCCGAUAGCCAGAAAAACAUCUCAAAGGGCGUUUCAGCUGGAACAGGUCUUGGUUUGAUUGACGUCAGACUCAAAUAUGCAGAGACAUCUGAGGACAGCAGAACACUGGACAGGGGAGUAAGGGGCACCAGCAGUUGCUUGGUUGACCUUGGUGACUACAGUGAAGAUGAUGAUGAUGACAUCACAGAUAUUACAUCAGGGAUCUUUGCCGAUUUCAACCUCGACUUGAGUGAGGUGGAGGAGGAGGAGCUCAGCCCAAGUAGUCAUCCAGAGAGGGCUCCUGACUCUGUGGGUGCCAUUAACCUGGUGUCAUCUGUCGGAAGCUCUUGUGACCAGGGCUUUAGUCCUGACCCCUUCAAUAUCCCCAUCCUGCCGAAAUCCCUGGAUAGUGGUUAUGACACAGAAAACAACGAAUCCCCCGAGUUUAUCUUCAAAGAACUCGGAGAACCCCUGGGUGGCGAGAACUGCCCGAUGCUCGGUGGAGAAUCUGAAAUUGCUCUGCAGGUUAGUUUUGGGCAAGGAGUCUGCACUUCCACAAGCACCUCAGAGCUACACGUAAAGGGCCUGUUUGACAGGAAACCAUACAGGGACUCCGCUUAUUUCUCUGAUUACGACGCAGAAAAUGAGAGGAGUCCCAGUGAGGAAAACCAGAAGUUCUUUGCAGGUUCAGGGAACUCUCACCGCCCAGCUAACGGUUUUAGCUCUGCAGAAGACAGCUCUGUUGAAAGGCAGUUCACCAAUGGGGAACGCUUAACAAAUCUGAGGCACAUCAACAGUUGUGUUUUAGCGAGUCUCUCAGAGGCUGACUCUAAGUCACACAGCGCUCUCUCCACCCCUGGAUUGUCCAUGCUGUCACCAUUUCCUCCACAGAUGGGUGGGUGCCUGACCAAAGAGUCUGCCCCCGCGGAGGAGGACCUCGGUUUGGAGACGGAGCACUCGGCGGACGAGCCCGCGUCAGAGCUCAGCUCCUCCGCCGGGUCAGAGCCUUGCUCUUCUGUCCACCAAGCUACCACGAAUCACGAGGGGAGCAAGGAAGCAGAAGGCUGCUACUCUGUCCACUCACUGCUGUCUGGAUGCACCAUGAACGACUGCAGGGAUGAGUCCUGUGAAGAAACUGAAAACGARGAAACAGACGAAAAGGAGGAGGUGCCUGAAAACAAUCUCAUUAACAAUACGACCGAAGACGGAACAGAAUGUGUGAGAAUCAACGAGGAAGACUUUGAGGACAUCGAUGCAGACGAAAGCGACAGCCUGUGUGGGGAAUCCAACGGCCACCACGAGCUUUCCACCUCCUCGUCGUUGCUGGAGCUCUGCGGCGAAGACGUCAGAGCUCCGCUGGAAGAGGCGGAGGACGAAGACGACUCCGACGACAGCGAGUCCGACGAGGAGCUGAGAACCUACAACGUCCAGGACGAAGACAGCGAGGAGAGCGAGGAGGAUUUCGCCGCGGUGCCAGUGGUGGUGAGCGACUGCAGCAGGGCGAGACACCUCCGGGGUCUCCUGAAGAUGCCCACCCUGCUCACUCAGUCCUUUUGUGAUGAGCUGGAGACGAAGAAAAAAGCGGUGUCUUUUUUUGAUGACGUGACGGUGUUUCUGUUUGACCAGGAGAGCCCCACUGGAGAGCUGGCUGACAACUCACUCUCUGCAGAAAGAGAGCCCAGUGAGCAGGAGUCUCCAGAACCAGAAGCAGAACUUGAAGCUCCAUCCUGUGAUCCUCACUCUGUUCCCGAGGAAACAACAGAAAACGACUCUGAAGAGGGUGCGAGUUGUGAUUUGGAAGAUUCCUUUGAGCCCUGUCCAUCCUCACCUCACACCAACCCUGACCCCGUGUCCUCUCCCACGUCCGUCUCCAACACUGACGACGCUCCUAAACCUGUCCCUGUGCCACUUAACCGUUUCAUGGUCUCGAGAUUCUCUAUCACACACGUGUCUGACACCCACAUAAACUCAGCUGCAGGAAACUGUGAAGAAGAUGAUCUGAAGGACUGAGCAGUCAGUGAACAAGGCAAGAGAAGGUCUCUGUCCUCAUCAACGCAAGAGAAACCCCAUGAUUAUAUUUUAGUUGAUUUACAGAGUUUUAUUUUCAAUCAGCGUUUGGGGACAUCUGACUUGGUGACCCUUUUAUGAGACAGUGCCUCAUACUGUAGUCAAAUACCCCGACUGAUUUGCACACUUUUUACUUUAUAAAGAAAAUGCAAAAAUAAAAAAAGGUGCAAGAACGGUAACUUGAUGGAAAUUUGAGGAUAUGAAGUUGUUAGCAGAAAUUAAAAUUUAAUGUUACCGUACUUUUAUCAUAUAGCACACAAACGAUUAAAAAAAAAAAGUGAAAUAAGCCUCCGUUCCUCUCAUCGGCUGCCUUUGCACAUCUGCUUUCCCUUACCCAAGUUAUUUUAAGCCACUGAAGACCGUUACAGAUCUUAGAACCAGAACGCAAAACUUGAUUUUUUUUUAGCAAAAGAAGCAGUGAUGGAUCUCUCAACAACAGUCCAGACUGGUGCUGAUGCUGUUCAAUCCUGAAGGUGGUUAAACUGAAUUUGUGCCAUAAAUCCAAAUCAUACUGAUCAUAUUGAUUAAAGAAUCAAAGCGUUGCCACCACUGACUCAUCUCCACUGUAUUCUUUAGUUUAUAGUGCACUUUAUGCAGUCCAUCCUGGACAAAACGAACAGAAAAUAAGAUUUUCUGUUUGUGAUUAUCUACAGCGUUUUUUAUUUAAAAACAAACAUCUUAGUCAUUUUUAGAGUUUCUUCACCAAUGCAGUGAAAUCCAAUAAAACAAGUUGUUUUCACUUGAUCCAGCAAGUCAUACAUGUGGAAUGUGUUAUCUUCAUGUAUCCUUUACUUAAAAAAAAGUCAUACUUAAAAAGGUAUGUAUUACAUUUGUGCCGAAUGCCCAAGCCUGAUGUGUAUGAACUAUGGCAAGCAGAGGCCAUAUAUUGUAUGAAUCUUAUAUCAUGUAGCAGGUAGCUUGACUUGAAUUUCUUCCGCUGUAUUGACAGAUCCCUCCCCUCUAGUUCUGUAGCUCCGAGUGCCAAUGUCUUACCUUUUCAACUUGCCUUUUUAAGCUGUGCAAAAACAUUUGCCAGUAUUUUUGUAUGACCAUUCUGAAACAGUAACAAAUGCAGGAUGACCGGCUCUCGAUUUUUGCCAAAGAAAUACUGAAAAGCCCGUUGGUUUGAGUGGCAGAUACCUUUGGAGAAGGUGAGUUAUGCACUGGGAGAAACAUUGCCGUUUCCAUCUGUUCCUCACUCAUGGCUGUUGUACUUUUCCGCCCCGCUCCAAGAAAUCUAUAUAAAUAAAUUCAAGUACUUUUUCCCUUCUUGUAUUUGUGAUAGAUUUAUUUGAAUUCAUGUCAAAGAGUCGCAGGGUUUUAACACACUGAACAAUAAAAUAUGACAGUGCAACACAGAAAUAUGACAAUUGUGCACAUUUAAAUUUAUUUGGGACAAGAUAAUUUAUACACAUUCUGUACAGUACAGGUAUAAUACAAACAAGGACAAAGAUGAGAAAUGAAGAGGACAGGUAUGUUUGUGUAGAAAAGUAAAAAAACAAAACAAAAAAAACCUGCUUUUUAAAAAUUAAAGCCUAGAUCACUUAAUUAGAAUUGUAAAUAAAGCAAACCCAUAUCACACAGUGUAAAUGACUCAUCUGUAAAAAAAAUUAAACUUUCUAUGCUGCAACUGUCCAUGUCAAUCACAACCAUUCAUUUGU